AUGGCAAGCAAUGUGUUCUUGGUGGUGUCAUUCCUCCUAUUGAUGUCAAUUUCAUCAGUUACCCCAACAGGAACUUAUGCAAGAAACCAAGACCUUCUCACAGCCACUGAAGAGAUGCAAAAGGCUAAUUACUUUACAUUUGUAAUGCUCAUCAAUAUGUCUCCACCUGACACAAGACUUCAAGGGAAUGUGACUUUCUUAAUGCCCAAAGAUCGAAUGCUGGCUAACAUGGUGUUGCAAGAAGGAUCCGUUUCUAGCUUCUUGCUAAGGCAUUCAAUCCCAUCACCUUUGCUCUUUGAUACAUUGGAACAAUUCCCUACAGGGACAACUAUUCCAAGUUCAUUGCCAAACUGCAUGCUAAGAAUCACUAACAAUGGUAGGAAGAAUUUUGUUCUCAACAAUGUUAAAAUUAUCAGCCCAAAUCUAUGUGUAGCAGGAUCUUCAAUUCGAUGCCAUGGCAUAGAUGGGGUUUUGUCAGAAGCUUGUAUAUCAAUAAAUAACUCUAGUGUUCCUAGUGUUCCCAGUGUUCCUUUACCUCCAUGUCUUAACAGCACAGAGCCUUCAUGUAAGGCCUCACCUCCAAUUCCAUCUCCUUCUUUACCUUCAGCUCCUCCUAAUAGAGACAAUCCUAGUCCUCCUCCUACAGUGACAGCCCCUAGCCCAACAGCACCAAAAUCAGGGUCCCCCCACUUGUUUUCUUAUGAUGGAUCAUUCCAUUUUGUCACAUGCUUGAUGUUCUCUCUCAUAGGUUAUUACAAAAAGUCUGAUAUGGGUUUUGAUAGUGACCCAGGGAAGAAAGAGACAGAAGAGAAGAUUCAAAGAAUAUAG